AUGAACACUUCUCUCGUUCUUUGCGUACUCGCUCUCGUCCUGGGAUACUGUAAGUUCCGCAUCAUACCUUACAAUUAAUUUUUAUGCCUAAUCAAUGCAAAGUGGAUCUAUUGUAAUCUUUUUUUUCAGGCUCAGCGAAUACUUCCCCAUGCCCUGACGGCUGGCGAUACUCUCCGUUCACCAGCAAAUGCUAUAAACUCUUCGAAGAUAAGACGAGCUGGACCACUGCUGAAUACAAAUGUGCCUUCCAAGGAGCUCAUCACAUCUCCGUCCAUGAUGCCGCUGAUAACCAAUUCGUAUCUGGUAAGUAUUCGUCUAUUUCAUUAGAUGUGUAGGUGCAAUUCCAAUGAUGCAUAGUACCAUAGAAAAGUGCAAUUAAUAAAAGCGUUUCUUUCCAGAGCUUGCCCGUCAAGCGAACAUUGUCUGGCUGGGUGCUGUCCAGUACGGAACUGACCGUGACUACACCUGGGCCGACCACACUGCCUAUGGCGCCUUCGAGAACUGGGAGAAUGGCCGUCGUCCCAGCUACCACAAGGGAAAGAAGUGCUCCAAAUUUGAUGGCCUCAGCGGGAAAUGGAUCCAAUCUUGCUGCAAGGUCCCAGCUGCCUUCAUCUGCUCCAAACCCGCAGCUGUUCUCCCCGCCGCCAUCAUUGAGGACGACACCGGAAUCAACGAGGACUUCCGCCGUACCCGUUUGGCCUUCAGAAGACGCGUCUGA